AUGGGACGUGUAACAACUGACCAUCCCUCAUUAUCCCCUUGUGAUUUGGAAGGAGCAACUUCCGACGAUAUAAGUUCGGGUGGUGAUAAUUCAAAUGCCGGAAGUAGCGCCGGAAAUCCGGAAGAUGAUCAAGCGAGACUGAGAUUAAAAAGAAAACUUCAAAGAAAUCGAACUUCUUUUACUAACGAUCAGAUAGAUAGUUUAGAAAAGGAAUUCGAAAGGACUCAUUAUCCCGAUGUGUUUGCAAGAGAAAGGUUAGCCGCUAAAAUAGGACUACCGGAAGCGAGAAUACAAGUUUGGUUUUCUAACAGGAGAGCUAAAUGGAGAAGAGAAGAAAAAUUAAGAAAUCAAAGACGUCCACAACCGGUCGAACCACCGCCAUCUUCUCCACCGAGAGGAACCCCUAAUGGCGGCGGCGGUGGCGGUGGUGGAGGUGUUAUGAACGGUACAGGUUUUACAAAUCCAAAUUUAUAUACGUCAAUACCACCGCCGAUGACAAUGCCGGGAGAUUCGUACAGUCCGAUGCCACCGUCGGUAUCCAAUUUCGUUAUGUCAAACAGUCAUCAUCAUAAUAGUAACGGUGUUACUCCGGUUGGUAUGUCUGCCACUUCUUCGGCAUGCCUGCAACAAAGAGAUGGUACAGGAUAUUCGUGCAUGAGUCGUCCAACAUACGAAACAUUAUCGCUUACCGGAAGUUAUCACGGUGGUAGACCAUCGUGCAGUCCAACUCAGCCUUACCAACACAUGAACGGAGUCGGUCAUCAAUAUUCCACUAACGGAAGUUCUUCAACUGGUUUGAUAUCUCCGGGUGUAUCAGUUCCGAUUGCCGUACCUGGACAAACAACGGACAUGUCUUCUCAAUAUUGGCCAAGAAUUCAGUGA